GGUUGUAGCAGAGUAGGGUUUUAUUUUUUACUUUACUUUUUUUGUCUAUCUCCCCAUUUCUAUGUCUGAAGCUGAGAAAUUCUCAAAAAAAAGAAGAUAGAACCAAGUCAAUCAAGCACAAACAAACCCUAAAACUCAGCUCCACUUCUCCUUCACAAAACCCUAAGCUUCUUCUUCCAAAAAAAAAAAGCUCAAUUAUUUGGCUUCAGUUGCUAUUGGCCAUGAAGCCCAGUUCAGCAUUUUAAGCAUUUAGCAGGUCAGAGAGAGGGAAGCUAUGGAAGGCGAUGAGCACGGAAUUGUACUGGCCUGUCUAAUUUCAGGGACCCUUUUCACUGUUUUGGGCUUGGCUUCUUUUUGGAUUCUUUGGGCAGUUAAUUGGAGACCUUGGAGGCUUUAUAGCUGGAUCUUUGCUAGAAAAUGGCCGUACAUUUUUCAAGGACCUCAGCUGGGUAUAGUAUGCCAUUUUCUCUCUCUAGUGGCAUGGAUGAUUGUUUUAUCUCCAAUUUUGGUUCUUAUCUUGUGGGGCUCUUGGUUGAUUGUACUUUUGGAACGAGACAUAAUUGGUUUGGCUGUAAUAAUGGCUGGCACUGCUCUUCUACUGGCAUUCUAUUCAAUCAUGCUUUGGUGGAGGAUGCAAUGGCAAAGUUCAAGGGCGGUUGCUAUUCUCCUUCUUCUGGCUGUUGCUCUACUCUGUGCAUACGAACUAUGUGCAGUCUAUGUUACAGCUGGUAAAGACGCAUCAGAGCGUUAUUCACCCUCUGGCUUCUUUUUUGGUGUCUCGGCAAUUGCUUUGGCCAUCAACAUGCUCUUUAUAUGCCGAAUGGUCUUUAAUGGGAAUGGCUUAGAUGUGGAUGAGUAUGUACGUAAGGCAUACAAAUUUGCUUACAGUGACUGUAUAGAAAUGGGUCCCAUGCCUUGUUUACCUGAACCACCUGAUCCCAACGAAUUGUAUCCUCCGCAAUCUAGUAGGGCUUCACAUCUUGGUCUUCUCUACCUUGGCUCACUCUUGGUUCUUCUCGUCUACUCGAUUUUAUAUGGUCUCACAGCAAAGGAAGUGCGUUGGCUUGGAGCUGUUACAUCAGCUGCUGUUAUCAUUCUUGAUUGGAAUAUGGGGGCAUGUUUGUAUGGGUUUCAGCUUCUACAAAGUCGUGUCCUAGCACUUUUUGUGGCUGGUGCAUCCAGGGUUUUUCUCAUAUGUUUUGGCGUGCAUUACUGGUACUUGGGGCACUGUAUUAGUUAUGCAGUAGUUUCAUCUGUGCUCUUAGGUGCUGCUGUCUCUCGACAUUUAUCAGUGACAAAUCCAUUGGCUGCUAGAAGAGAUGCCUUACAGAGUACAGUAAUUCGCCUUAGAGAGGGUUUUCGCAGAAAGGAACAAAAUACUUCAUCCAGCUCCUCUGACGGUUGUGGCUGUAGUGUAAAACGUAGUAGUAGUGUUGAAGGAGGUAACCUUGGUAAUAUAGUUGAAUCUGGUAGCCAGAGUACUGCACAGUGCAUGCUUGAUGCUAGUAAUUGGCAGAAUGCUGAUCUAUGUCGAACUGUGAGUUGUCAUGAGGGGGUAACAAGUGAUAAAAGCAUAGACAGUGGAAGGCCAAGCUUAGCACUACAUAGCAGUUCCUGUCGCUCAGUUGCUCAAGAACCUGAAGCUGGGACGUCUGGGGAUAAAUUUUUUGAUCACAACAGCUCCCUGAUGGUUUGCUCUAGUAGUGGUCUUGAUAGUCAAGGUUGUGAUUCCAGCACAUCAGUAUCUGCAAAUCAACAAUUGUUAGAUUUGAAUAUUGCUCUUGCAUUGCAAGACAGACUUAAUGAUCCAAGGAUUACAUCUUUGCUGAAGAAGAGGGCACGGGAAGGUGAUAGAGAACUGACUAGUUUAUUGCAGAACAAAGGGUUGGAUCCGAACUUUGCUAUGAUGUUAAAGGAAAAGAACCUGGAUCCAACUAUCCUGGCCUUACUUCAGAGGAGCAGUUUGGAUGCAGACAGAGAUCAUCGUGACAAUACUGACAUCACAGUUGUUGACUCUAAUAGUGUUGACAAUGCUCUUCCAAAUCAAAUUUCUCUCUCAGAAGAGCUAAGGGUUCAUGGGCUUGAAAAAUGGCUUCAGCUGUCUAGAUUUAUUUUGCAUCACAUAGCAGGGACUCCAGAGCGAGCAUGGGUUCUCUUCAGCUUUAUCUUCAUCCUCGAAACAAUUGCUGUGGCAAUUUUUCGUCCAAGGACAAUUAAAAUCAUAACUACACACCAACAGUUUGAGUUUGGCUUUGCAGUAUUGUUAUUAUCUCCUGUUGUCUGCUCAAUUAUGGCUUUCCUUCGUUCUCUUCAAGCAGAAGAUAUGGCAAUGACAUCAAAACCUCGCAAGUAUGGAUUCAUCGCCUGGCUGCUCAGCACAAGUCUUGGAUUGCUGCUUUCCUUCUUGAGCAAAUCAUCAGUGCUUCUGGGGUUGUCUCUCACUGUCCCUCUCAUGGUGGCAUGUCUGGCUGUUGCAUUUCCUAUUUGGAUCCAUAAUGGCUACCAGUUUUGGGUUUCAAAAGUUGAAUCUACAGCUAAUGCAGGAAACCAACGUCCUUCUGGGAAAAAGGAGGGAAUUGUUCUUUUAAUUUGUGUAAUAAUAUUUAUUGGAUCUGUGUUAGCACUGGGUGCUAUAGUGUCCGUGAAGCCUUUAGAGGAGUUGCAGUACAAGGGAUGGGCUAGCGACCCAAGAAGUUUUAGUUCUCCUUAUGCAUCAUCUGUGUACCUCGGAUGGGCAAUGGCAUCUGCAAUUGCUUUACUAGUUACUGGUGUGCUGCCAAUUAUUUCAUGGUUUGCGACAUAUCGCUUUUCCCUUUCAUCUGCCGUCUGUGUUGGGAUUUUCACAGUUGUUCUUGUGGCAUGUUGCGGUGCAUCCUAUUUGGAAGUUGUUAAAUCUAGGGACGAUCAGGUUCCAACAAAGGGCGAUUUUUUGGCUGCAUUACUUCCUCUUAUUUGCAUUCCAGCAUUGCUAUCGCUUUGCUCUGGAUUGCUAAAAUGGAAAGAUGAUGGUUGGAAAUUCUCACGUGGUGUAUAUGUGUUCGUUAUUAUUGGCCUUCUACUCUUGCUUGGUGCUAUAUCUUCUGUUAUAAUAGUAAUUAAGCCAUGGACUGUAGGGGUAGCAUUUCUUUUAGUACUUCUCCUGAUCGUGCUGGCUAUUGGUGUUAUCCAUCAAUGGGCUUCAAAUAAUUUUUAUCUGACGAGGAUGCAGAUGCUUUUUGUUUGUUUUCUUGCUUUUCUUUUAGGCUUGGCAGCAUUUCUUGUUGGAUGGUUUCAAGGCAAACCAUUUCUUGGAGCAUCUGUUGGUUAUUUCACAUUUUUAUUUCUUCUUGCUGGGCGAGCGCUGACAGUCCUCCUCUCGCCGCCCAUUGUAGUUUAUUCUCCUCGAGUACUGCCUGUAUAUAUUUAUGAUGCUCACGCAGAUUGUGGCAAGAAUGUCAGUGUUGCAUUUCUUGUGCUAUACGGGAUUGCUUUAGCUACUGAGGGCUGGGGCGUCGUCGCAAGUUUGAAAAUUUAUCCACCAUUUGCUGGUGCUUCUGUAUCAGCAAUUACUCUUGUUGUAGCCUUUGGCUUUGCUGUUUCUCGUCCAUGCCUGACUCUUGAGAUGAUGGAAGAUGCUGUACAUUUUCUCAGUAAGGAUACCAUUGUUCAAGCAAUUUCUCGAUCUGCAACUAAGACAAGGAAUGAAUUAUCUGGAACUUAUUCAGCUCCACAGAGAUCUGCUAGUUCAACAGCUCUUUUGAUUGGAGACCCUACUGCUACAAGGGACAAGGCGGGGAACCCAGUGCUUCCUAGAGAUGAUGUAAUGAAACUGAGAGAUCGCUUGAGGAAUGAGGAACUAGUUGUAGGAUCAUUCUUUUACAGAAUGAGAUGUAGGACAUUUUGCCAUGAAUCAGCCAGUGAUUUUGAUAACAGAAGGGAAAUGUGUGCUCAUGCACGGAUUUUAGCUCUUGAAGAAGCAAUAGACACUGAAUGGGUUUACAUGUGGGAUAGAUUUGGUGGUUAUUUACUGCUACUGCUUGGUUUGACUGCCAAAGCAGAAAGAGUGCAGGAUGAGGUACGCUUGAGGCUUUUUCUUGAUAGCAUAGGUUUUUCAGACCUAAGUGCCAAGAAAAUUAAGAAAUGGAUGCCAGAGGACCGCAGGCAGUUUGAAAUAAUUCAAGAGAGCUAUUUGAGAGAGAAAGAGAUGGAAGAGGAAAUUUUGAUGCAGAGACGUGAAGAAGAGGGUAGGGGUAAAGAAAGAAGGAAGGCUCUUUUGGAGAAGGAAGAACGUAAAUGGAAGGAAAUUGAAGCUUCUCUGAUUUCUUCUAUUCCUAAUGCGGGCAGCAGAGAGGCAGCAGCUAUGGCUGCUGCAGUACGUGCUGUGGGAGGUGAUUCUGUUCUGAGUGAUUCAUUUGCAAGAGAAAGGGUUUCAAGCAUUGCCCGUCGGAUACGAGCUGCUCAAUUAGCACGCCGAGCGCUUCAGACGGGAAUUGCUGGUGCCGUGUGUAUCCUUGAUGACGAACCAACAACAAGUGGUAGAAACUGUGGCGAGAUAGAUCCCAACAUAUGUCAAACUCGAAAAGUCAGCUUUUCAAUUUCAGUGAUGAUCCAACCCGAGUCUGGUCCAGUGUGCCUUUUAGGGACUGAAUUUCAGAAGAAGGUUUGCUGGGAAAUUCUGGUGGCUGGCGCUGAGCAAGGUAUGGAGGCGGGACAAGUCGGGCUCCGAUUGAUCACGAAAGGUGAUAGGCAGACCACUGUUGCAAAGGAGUGGAGUAUCAGCGCAACUAGUAUUGCAGAUGGAAGGUGGCAUAUUGUGACAAUGACAAUUGAUGCUGAUUUGGGUGAGGCAACCUGUUAUUUGGAUGGUGGAUUUGAUAACUUCCAAACUGGGUUGCCCUUGUCUGUUGGCAACAGCAUCUGGGAACAGGGGACAGAAGUUUGGGUUGGCUUUAGACCACCUACAGACAUUGACGCAUUUGGAAGGUCAGAUAGUGAAGGAGCAGAGUCCAAAAUGCACAUAAUGGAUGUUUUUUUAUGGGGAAGGUCUAUUACUGAAGACGAGAUUGGCUCUCUGUACACAUCUAUAGGAUCAACUGAUCUUGGUAUGGUUGAUUUUCCAGAAGAUAAUUGGCAAUGGGCAGACUCACCAGCCAGAGUUGAUGACUGGGAUAGUGAUCCUGCAGACGUGGAUCUAUAUGAUAGGGAUGAUGUAGAUUGGGAUGGUCAAUAUUCAAGUGGGAGAAAGAGGAGGUCAGAUCGUGAAGUUGUGGUAGAUUUAGAUUCUUUUACCAGGAGAUUCAGGAAACCGAGGGUGGAAACACAGGAAGAAAUUAAUCAGCGAAUGCUUUCAGUUGAAUUGGCUGUCAAAGAAGCCCUGUCUGCUAGAGGAGAAACACGCUUUACUGACCAGGAGUUCCCUCCAAAUGAUCAAUCAUUAUAUGUAGAUCCAGAAAAACCCCCUUCAAAAUUGCAGGUUGUUUCUGAGUGGAUGAGGCCUGGUGAAAUAGUAAAGGAAAACCGUCCAGACUCCUUCCCAUGCUUAUUUUCCAGACCUGCAAAUCCCUCUGAUGUUUGUCAGGGUCGUUUGGGGGAUUGUUGGUUUUUAAGUGCCGUUGCUGUUCUGACGGAGGUGUCACGAAUAACGGAAGUAAUUAUAACUCCAGAAUACAACGAGGAAGGAAUAUACACUGUUCGCUUUUGCAUUCAGGGUGAGUGGGUUCCAGUUGUUAUUGAUGAUUGGAUUCCGUGCGAAUCACCUGGUAAACCUGCAUUUGCCACCAGCAGGAAAGGCAAUGAAGUAUGGGUGUCUAUUUUGGAGAAAGCAUAUGCUAAAUUGCAUGGCUCUUAUGAGGCAUUGGAAGGUGGUCUCGUCCAAGAUGCUCUUGUGGAUCUUACAGGAGGUGCUGGCGAGGAGAUUGACAUGAGAAGUGCCCAGGCCCAGAUUGAUCUUGCUAGCGGUAGACUAUGGUCCCAGUUGUUACGCUUUAAACAAGAGGGCUUUCUUCUUGGUGCUGGAAGUCCAUCUGGUUCUGAUGUCCACAUUUCUUCUAGUGGCAUUGUGCAAGGCCAUGCGUACUCUUUACUGCAAGUUAGAGAGGUGGAUGGACAUAAACUUGUUCAAAUUCGCAAUCCAUGGGCUAAUGAAGUUGAAUGGAAUGGUCCUUGGUCUGACUCAUCAACUGAGUGGACUGAUAGAAUGAAGUACAAGUUGAAGCAUGUUCCGCAGUCAGAAGAUGGUAUCUUCUGGAUGUCCUGGCAAGACUUUCAAAUCCACUUCCGAUCAAUAUAUGUAUGCCGCGUUUACCCCCCUGAGAUGCGGUAUUCUCUCCAUGGCCAGUGGCGAGGCUACAGUGCUGGGGGAUGCCAAGAUUAUGCUUCUUGGAAUCAAAAUCCACAAUUUCGAUUGAGAGCCACAGGUCCAGAUGCGUCGUUACCAAUUCAUUUAUUUAUCACCUUAACUCAGGGGGUGAGUUUCUCGAGAACAGCAGCUGGUUUCAGAAAUUAUCAAUCUAGUCAUGAUUCAAUGAUGUUCUACAUUGGAAUGAGGAUACUUAAGACUCGUGGUCGCCGUGCUUCCUACAAUAUUUACCUCCAUGAAUCAGUCGGCGGGACAGAUUACGUCAAUUCUCGAGAGAUUUCAUGUGAAAUGGUUUUGGAUCCUGAUCCUAAAGGCUACACAAUUGUGCCCACAACCAUACACCCCGGAGAAGAAGCUCCGUUUGUUCUCUCGGUUUUCACCAAAGCAUCAAUUACACUUGAAGCUUUAUAGUGCCCCUUUCUUUCUCACCCUUUGGACCAAAGACCAAUCUGCAAGGUUUCAAGGUGCUUGGGUUGUACAUAGAUCAAGCACUACCUGUGGGGAGUUUUUUUUCGUCUAGCCACAAAUCAUUUUGGCUGAAUGGCUAGAGUGCUGGGAUGCGGCUAUGAGGUUGUGGAGGUGGCCUUGAUUCGUUGUGCGUAAUGAACGAAUGAACUUGGAUGCAAGGAGCUAGGCAGGACGUCUUGCCAUUUAUAAGGAUAUAAAAUCGGAAAUCUCCCUCCGGCUCGGAGAUUAGUAGAGGGUUAUUUGAGGGUGGUUUGAAGUUGUAAAUGUGUAGGUAAAUUGUAAUUGUAAGAAGAAAAUAGGAUUGACCAUGUAAAUGAGGCUGAAAAUACGGAGCUAGAAAAGAAAUAGGAAACAAUAAUCACUUGAACACUAAUUUAAGGGAAUACCAAAAAGCAUUGUAGCUGGAGAAUGUUUCAGCGGCAGUUUUGUUGUGCUUUUAUAAAAAGAACAAUUUGUCUGCUUGUACAAA